AUGACCCCUAGACCGAACCGAAAGAAUGUUCUCCUGCUGAACUUAUUGAUUGAUGACCCAGAAAGGAACACCUACUUAGAUGCACCCCGACCAUUUUACUCCUGCCCGCAGCUUCGUCAACAAGCUGCGGCGGCUGCCGUAUCAGAAGCCGAAAACGAUGGAGAUGCCGGUCAAACGUCUGGGGGCAAUGGCCCGGUUACCCAAUUCAAAGAGUUGGCGGAGCGGGGCAUGGUCUGCAAAACAGUCGUCGACACGCUCACACAAGAUAUGGGCCUGGAAUCCAUGACCGAGGUUCAGAGCCUGACCAUCAAUGAAACACUGAAGGGUACUGAUACACUAGCACAAGCGCGAACGGGUACUGGCAAAACGCUUGCGUUCUUGAUCCCUGUUCUGCAAAACAUCAUCAGACAGGACCCGAGCCUGGAGCAACGCAUGGGCUCGCGAAGUUCAGCAAAAUCCACAGACAUUCGCGCCAUAAUCAUAUCACCCACUAGAGAACUAGCAGAGCAGAUUGCAGUCGAGGCAAAAAGGGUUACGAGAAAUACUGGAGUCAUGGUCCAGACUGCGGUCGGUGGCAGUCACAAGGCUUCAGGGCUUCGAAAUAUUCAAAGGCUCGGUUGUCAUAUACUGAUUGGUACCCCUGGACGCCUGAAGGACAUUCUUUCAGAUCGAUACUCUCAAGUACAAGCACCAAAUUUGAGUGCAUUCGUGCUGGAUGAGGCCGACCGUCUUCUUGACCAAGGCUUCGCCCCAGAUAUACAGGACAUUCAAAGCCAUCUGCCCAAAAGGCAGGAUGUGGACCGCCAGACACUGUUGUAUUCCGCCACAGUACCCAAAGAGAUUAUGCAAAUCGUUCGGGCAACCAUGAAAAAAGACUUCAGGUUUGUAAGGACCGUAAAACAGGGCGAACAGCAAACGCACGAAAGGGUGCCUCAGAAGUUGGUCAAUGUAGGGGACCGUGUUAAUCAGAUGCCAGCCCUAGUGGAGCUGUGUAUACGAGAGCUGCAAAAUUCAACACAAGAGCAGCCGUUCAAGGCGAUUGUUUACUUUGGCACAACGGCUGAUGUGUCGUUGGCUGCGGCUAUCAUACGACGCCUACAGCCUCGAAGCUUUCGCGAUCAAAAACCUUCAGCUACGUCUAUACCACAGUCCACGUCAAUCAUUGAGAUGCACGCCCGGCUGUCUCAGCCAGAGCGUACUCGAGCAUCCAGCGAGUUUCGACAAGCUCAGUCUGCUAUACUUCUAUCUUCUGACGUGACCGCCAGAGGCAUGGAUUUCCCUAAUGUCACUCACAUCAUCCAAGUUGGACUGCCACCAAGUGAAGAGCAAUACGUCCAUCGCAUAGGACGAACGGCGCGCGCCGGGAAAACUGGUGUUGCCUGGCUGCUGAUUACUGACCUCGAGGUGAGAGAAGCCAGCUUCAGGCUUCCAGAUAUGCCCUUGAAGGAUGACCAAUCACUUGAAACGCCACAAGUAAGGGACAUAGAAGAAGACGUUCCAGGUCUUCUAAACGCGACUCAAAUCUCGAAACAAGUGAUCGAAGCGACUCGUAGUGUGCCAGCGGGGUUGAAAUCUAAGGCUUACGCCGCCGCCCUUGGCGUCAAUCAGUGGAUGCGCAAUAAGCAAAGGUUGAUCGAUAGUCUGAACCGCGUUUCCGAAUAUUCAUGGGGCUUGACAUCGCCUCCAGGUAUCAGCAGGAUGGUGGUACAGAGACUUGGACUGGCUGGGAUCCAAGGUCUGAACAUUGAAAGCAGACCACCGCCGUCUGGCCAAGAGACCGACCUGUCAGGAUUUCGUGACCGAUCAGGUCAAUCGGGCUAUCGUAACGCGCCCCGUCAGGGUUAUAGCCCUCGCGGUAGGGGCGGUAGCCAGUCUUUUGAUUCCCGUAGCAAUCGUGGAUCUCAGUCAGGUUUUGGUGAUAGACGAGGCGGCUCUUCCGGCUUUGGUCGUGAUAAUCGACAAGGAAAUCGAAGCUUCGAACGUUACGAGUGA